CCGCAACACGACCGAACGUCAGCCAGCAGUGCAGAAAAAUAACUCCUUUUAUUCCGUAUUAAUCGCGCUCCGAAAGUGGCAGGCUCCAUCGAAACUAAGUUCGCGAACGGAAAGUGUUUUGGGCGUCCGAAAAACUCUGUGGUUGCAGCUAAGAGUGUUGCGAAACCGGAAGAUUUCAUCAGGCUAGUUGGACGAAUGUGUGAGUGCGGCGGAGAAAGCAUUCCGAGUUGGACCAGGCUACCAGAAGUCCCCAAAAUUCGCCAGAGUGGAAAAAACAAGUGAAACGAAAACGUAGUAAAAAGAGGUGACGCGUUAGAAAAUCCCGGAUCAUCGCUUCUUUUGUGCACCGCCGUUCGGAUUCGGAGCUGAUGCAUGUGUGUUGCCGAAUAUCAAAAUAAUUUAUUAUGUAAUUUUGGCUUAGACGGCAAAAUUGGUGCGUUUUUAAGGGCAGCAGUGACGGCUGACGGGAUUCGCAAGUGUACCACCUAUAGCUACCGAGUGUUUGUUGUGUGCACCGCUUUGUGAGUCAAUAAAAUUUGAUUAAAGACGCCGUAUGUGCGUCUAAUAAAAGUACAUAAAAGGUUCUCUUACGAAAAGAAAAAAAAAAACAUCAGUGAAGGAAAAUGAGGUAAAAAGUGUGAGGCUCAAAAAAACAAGAAGAUCGCAAAAAAAUAUAACGCUAGCAGCAGCAGGAGCAGCAGAGAAUGCCGAGAAGAGGCACCGAAAGCGUUCACCGAGAUAAUGGAAAUUUUUGUGAGUUUGCAUGUGAACUUGGAGACGAGUCAAACAAGGAACGGUCCACCCCGAAGGAGAAGCAAUUGUAAUAGUUAUUAUAUGUGGUGGCCUUGAAUCGCAUCACGGCGAUCGAGUUCAUUAGGAAGCGCUUUAGAAGACUUAAACACGCAAGCCACGAAGAAUAGCGGGAUAAGAAGUGUUAAAUUGGUGAGACAAGAACACGCAGGAAGAACGUGAUGACGUCGUCAUCAAACAUUGAUUCGCAAUUUUCACCUGGUGGUGGCGGUGGUGGUGGAUCAGCCGCGGGUAGCGGUGGCAACGGAGCCGGUCAACCGCCCCAGUAUCCGUACCAGCAACAACAGCAAAACCAUCUUCCCUCAUCGCAGCACAAUCAACAUCAGCAGCAGCAGCAAGCGUUCCACCACCGCCAUCCGGUGGUGUUCACCGGCAAUGCCAUGGCAACGCCGAUUAUCAACGGAAAAUUGCCGACGCCCAUGCCGGCGAUGGCUGCAGUCAACGGACCAGCAGUGCGUACCAUUUCACGCCAGAAGCCAACCGUGGGCAGGGAUGGCGAUGCGAAGGGAACGACCUUACCGUCCAGGGUGUCGCAGAUGUAUUACCGGCAUGGGCUGUUCCUGUCCAGUUAUCCGACCUGUGCCACCAGCAUCGCCAUUGUCGUUAUCAUCUUUUGCUGCUACCCCCUGCUCAACAUCCCCCUUCCGGGGACGAUCCCGACCAAGGUGAUAUUCCCGUACACCGAACAAAUUGGCCAGAAUCUACACCUGACGAAUGCCAACGCCAGCGGUACCAGCCCAUCCGAUCUGUACAACCCGUUUAACUUUAAUGGUAACAAUUUUUUCAACAUCUACAACAUCAGCCUGGAACCGCCGUUCCCAUGGGCUCGAAUCGAUCCACUGCUGUACGUGCAGCAGAUCAUCAUGCGAUCCAGUGUAGUACCCUGGGAGGAGGACCUGCAGCUGACGGACGCCUUCCGGGGGCCGAUGUACGAGGUGUUCAAACUGAUCGAAAUCAUCCGGAACCACGAGGACGAGAGCAAAACAACGCUGAGUCAUCUGUGUUUGCAUGUGGAGAAUGUGAAGCGGUCCUCGCAGCAAAUGCUAUUUCCGGAGUACAACUGCUUGCUGCUGUCGCCGGCGAACCUAUGGCAACAGAAUAUCCAAAGUUUCAACAAGGACAGCAGUUUGCUCAAUACGAUUUACGUGAAUCACAACUUGCAAAAAUCCAAGGUGUCUACCUCGGAAAUGCUGUUCGGGAUCACCCUUCGGGACACGGGUGUAAAGCGCUAUCCGAUGCGAGCUCGCUCCCGGAUAAUCCAGUAUGCCGUUACGUUGAUCCUGCGCGAGAACAAUCCGGCCUACAUCAACUCGUUAAAGGAAAAGCUUACGAAAACCUACCCGCUACAUCAGCCGAUUUCACCGGAUUCGAAACAGCAAACCAUUCGGGAUCAGUCUUCGAUCAUGUACAUCUUCUACCCGGGCGAGUUUGACUGGAAAGAAUUCCUGCCACAGUGCAUUGCGAUCGUGAUGCUGUUCCUGUAUGUGUAUUUCUCGGUGCGGAAGAUUGACGAAAUUCGAUCGCGACUGGUAUUGGCGUCCAGUGCUGUCCUGACCGUACUGGGAAGCUUGCUAAUGUCGCUGGGAAUGUGUUUCUUCUUCGGGUUAACCAUUAGUUUGCAGUCGAAGGGAGUCUAUCCGUACCUGGUGAUUUUGGUCGGGUUGGAAAAUGUGGUGGUCAUUACAAAGAGCGUCCUCACAACGGAUAGUAAUCUGGACGUAAAGAUUAGGGUGGCACAGGGAUUGUCCCGGGAAGGGUGGUCCAUCACGAAGAACCUGCUGACGGAGAUAACGAUUCUGACGGUUGGGCUGUGUACGUUCGUUCCGGUGAUUCAGGAAUUUUGCAUCUUCGCUAUCGUUGGCUUGGUUUCGGAUUUCUUCCUGCAGGUGAUGUUCUUCUCGACGGUGUUGGCGUUAGAUAUCAAACGGGUGGAGUACAGUGCGGAGGUUCGUCAGCUACCGAAGAUGUUGUACUACAAUAGCGAUGUGCGCAGGAAUGUGGUGGAUGGCAGUCGGAAUGGAGGCAUCAGUCGUUCAAUGUCGCAUCCGAAGCUGUCCGGAAUGGACCAAGGAGGGGGCCAUAAGAAAAACAGUUUAACCACGUCUGGAAACGGAAAGGAUAAGAAGAUACCAAAGCGCUUGAGGAUAGUGAACUUUUGGGCGCGAACGAGGUUAUUCCAGAGAGGAUUCAUGAUCUGGAUGGUUCUGUGGAUCUCGAAUAUCAUCUACAAUUCCGGGUUGAUUGAGUUAAUGAUCGAUAAGAAUCUUUCGGCACAUCGUGCCGCUAGCGAAGCUAGCAACAUUGACAUUCCGAUGAAUGAUAUGCAUGAUCUCAGGUCGGCGGAAGCCGGACAGCUAAACUAUAACCAUUUUGCGGAAGGAGAACUCCCCGGGAACAGCGAACGAAUUUUGAACAUUACGGAACAGUUGAAUCGACUGAAGCAUCCGGACUACGAAACCGUGUACCAUUUGUCCAAUUUCCAUUGGUCGUCGAUCCUGAAGCAAUACAAUAUAUCUCUUUCCGGAAGGUACGUAACCGUGUUGCCAUCUAUAAAGCUUUCACACGCGGUGAAUCCACAGGUCGCUUUGAAGUUACGUAAUUCGGAAGAGAAGGCUCCGCAUCAUUUCCAGUGGAAGGCUCUGGCAGCUGCUCUGGAUCCUCUGGAUUUGAACGACGUUGACAAUGGCGAUACGCCGAGUAUGAACACUAGCAAUGCACCGUUCUAUCCGAAGACUCCGAUGGAGAUUCUGCUGAGUUGCAUGUUGAUUGCGGUCAGCAUUUUCGUUGUCGCCUACACGCUUAUAAUGCUGUACCGUUGCAUGUGUACCCGGAACUAUGCCGAGUGGCGUGCCAGUUGGACCGAAAGCGAAAACGAGGAGCCCAAACAAGAACAACGCAUCCUGGAGGGUGUCCCCAUCCAGGUUAACGGCCAUAAGCAUCGUAUCGAAUGCAUUGUAACGGACGGCAAUAUGAUUGCUAGUUCUUGCCUUCAGGGGCAGGUAAAAAUUUGGGACGUCAGCAACGGUGAACUGAUGGCCGAAAUCCAUCGGGUCAGCCACCUGGACUUGCAGCGGAGAGAAAGCCAGGGUUCACCGAACGGAUCGAUAAUUGUAAAGACCGAACCAACCUGUUCGAACGUUACCGGAGUACAGGAAUUAUUCCCAGAGCAAUCGCCUACCAGUUUCGCCUUCAAACUGAAGAAGAAGCUUCAGUUUAACUUUACUAGUCAAAAUCACCAGGAUCAUCCUCAGCAGCAGCCGAACGCUGUUAUGUUCGACUUUGCUGCCCAGUAUGACCGCCAUUUCACAAGUGACCCGACCAGUCAACAGCAGAGACGACUCUGCAACGGGGGACUAGGUGCGGAUCUCCGGAAUCGUUUCCUAUCAAAUAGCGCUGCCCAGUACUACGAUGCGGCGGUGGAGCAGCGUAGUAAUCGAUCACCUCCACCUGCUUCUAGCUAUCGGCGGUCGCAUAGCGGAGAAGACGAAGCCCAUAAAAGUCCCGGUGAAGGUUCGCAACCACCACCGGGCGGAGGAAUUGCCGGUGCCAGUGCUACCGUUCGUAAGAAAAUCUACCAACCUUCACCAAUUUGGUGUUUGGACUUUUUGGAUAAUCUCAUCGUGAUUGGGUGUGCCGACGGGCGACUGGAGUUUUGGGAGGGAACGACGGGUAAUUUUAAGUGUAUUUAUGAGACGGAACAUACCCUCAAUAAUGGGGUAACGAACAUCAAACUUACUGGUGAUAAGGUGAUAGCGGCGCGGCUCAGUGGUCGCAUCGACUUUCUUCGGUUAGAAACAUACACCCAGGGUCGACAGAUCGAUUGGGGAUUUACGUCUGCCUAUCGGAGAACUCAUGUCCGUACCGGUUCGGCCGGCAGCUUGGGCAUGUUCCAAAUGGGAGGUUCUUCAGCAGGCAAUCCGUCCAGCACACAGCAGCUGAAUCAUCACACCUCGGAGGAGGAACUUCGGUGCAUUCUGGAAUUCCAUCAACAGGGGCACCAGAUGCCGGUGACGUGCCUGGAAGUGGCAGGCGGAACCGUCAUGACCGGCAGCCAGGAUCACACGGUGAAGGUGUUCCGCCUAGAAAGUCAUAUGCUGCAAUUCACCCUGCACGGACACUGCGGGCCGAUAUCGUGCUUGUUCAUCGACCAGUGGCAAGCCGGAAUGGGUGCAUCCGGCUGUCAGGAUGGAUUCCUGUGUGUGUGGGAUUUGAUAAGAGGUGCCUGUAUGUACAAAAUCGAAGCUCAUGACGAUUCGAUAGUGGCACUCGCGUGCUCUCCCAGCUACGUCAUUUCGCUGGGGUUGGACGAACGAAUACGAGUCUGGGAUCGUUUCCAGGGACAACCGCUGACCACGAUGACCGUGUUACAUGCCUACUCGUCGCUGGUUAUGCUGACACCAUCACUCCUCGUAACGGGGAAGCCAGGUUCGCUGGUCGUGUGGGACGUACGGACGGGGGAGGUCGCCCGGGAAGUCAAACUGGACUGCUCGAACUCGCAGCUAAGUCCGAAGAUUAUGCUACCGGCGUGCGGAUCGGUGAUCUGCGACUACGGGAACCAGAUGAGAAUCGUUCGCUUCCCGCUGGUUGCUGCGGACAAGUGCGACUAAAUCAAG